AUGAUGAAGUAUCUCCCUGAGAGACAUUGCAGAAUCGCCUCCGAGCUCGAACUGAGCUCCGGCGACGAGGAACAUGCCAUUCCCGGUUACGUUUGCUCCGUUCCGACCAAGGUUAUGCCUCCGGGUCUAUUCGUGAGAGAGUCCUACGAAGCUUGGGUCGAGAUAGCGGAGAAGUUCCCUGAAGCCAAGGGCAUUUUGGUCAAUUCAUUCACAUGUCUUGAGCAGAACGCAUUUGAUUACUUCGCUCGUCGUCCUGAGAAUUACCCUCCGGUUUAUCCGGUCGGACUGGUUCUUAGCUUGGAGGAUCGUCCGUCUCCGGAUCAACGUGACCGGGUCAUGAGAUGGCUGGACGAGCAACCGGAGUCUUCAAUCGUGUACAUAUGCUUCGGGAGCUUGGGGAUCCUGGAAGCACCGCAGAUUAAGGAGAUAGCUAAAGCCCUAGAUCUCACCGGCCACAGGUUUCUUUGGUCGAUUCGAACAAAUCCGGCGGAGAAAGCGACUCCGUACGAUCUCUUGCCGGAAGGGUUUAGCGAUCGGACGGCGAGUAGAGGAUUGGUUUGCGGGUGGGCCCCACAGGUUGAAGUGCUUCGUCACAAGGCGAUCGGAGGGUUCGUGUCUCACUGUGGUUGGAACUCGGUGCUUGAGAGUUUGUGGUUCGGCGUUCCGAUAGCCACGUGGCCAAUGUACGCCGAGCAACAGCUAAACGCGUUCACGAUGGUGAAGGAGUUGGGUCUAGCCGUGGAGCUGCGGCUUGAUUACGUCUCGGCUUACGGAGAGAUAGUGGAAGCAGAGGAGAUCGCCGGAGCUAUACGAUCUCUGAUGAACGGUGGAGAUACGCCGAGGAGAAAAGUGAAGGAAAUGGCUGUAGCGGCGAGGAAGGCUUUGCUUGACGGAGGAUCUUCGUUUGUUGCGGUGAACCGAUUCCUCGACGAGUUGAUCGGCGCGGAGUUUUAG